UUGAUACUCACUUCCCUCCCAGGGGAGACUGGGAUCGGCAAGUCCACGCUCAUGAACACGCUCUUCAACACGACCUUCGAGACUGAGGAAGCUAGUCACCAUGAGGACUGUGUACGCCUGCGGCCUCAGACCUACGACCUCCAAGAGAGCAACGUGCAUCUCAAACUGACCAUCGUGGAUGCUGUGGGCUUUGGGGACCAGAUCAAUAAGGAUGACAGUUACAGGCCCAUAGUUGACUACAUCGACGCGCAGUUUGAAAACUAUCUGCAGGAGGAGUUGAAGAUCCGCCGCUCCCUCUUUGACUACCAUGACACGAGGAUCCACGUCUGCCUCUACUUCAUCACGCCCACCGGGCACUCCCUCAAGUCCCUGGAUCUGGUGACCAUGAAGAAACUAGAUAGCAAGGUGAACAUCAUUCCCAUCAUUGCCAAGGCUGACACCAUCUCCAAGAGCGAGCUCCACAAAUUCAAGAUCAAGAUCAUGGGUGAGCUGGUCAGCAAUGGAGUCCAGAUCUACCAGUUUCCCACCGACGACGAGGCUGUUGCAGAGAUCAAUGCGGUCAUGAAUGCACACCUGCCUUUUGCUGUGGUGGGCAGCACAGAGGAGGUGAAGGUGGGCAACAAGCUGGUCCGAGCACGGCAGUACCCUUGGGGAGUGGUGCAGGUGGAGAACGAGAAUCACUGUGACUUCGUGAAGCUGCGGGAGAUGCUGAUCCGGGUGAACAUGGAGGACCUCCGGGAGCAGACCCACAGUCGGCAUUACGAACUCUACCGGCGCUGCAAACUGGAGGAGAUGGGCUUCCAGGACAGUGAUGGUGACAGCCAGCCCUUCAGCCUCCAGGAGACCUACGAGGCCAAGAGGAAGGAGUUCCUGAGCGAGCUACAGAGGAAGGAGGAAGAGAUGAGACAGAUGUUCGUCAACAAAGUGAAGGAGACCGAGCUGGAGUUGAAGGAGAAGGAACGGGAGCUCCAUGAGAAGUUUGAGCACCUGAAGCGGAUCCACCAGGAGGAGAAGCGCAAGGUGGAGGAGAAGCGUCGGGAGCUGGAGGAGGAGACCAACGCCUUCAACUGCAGGAAGGCGGCCAUGGAGGCCCUGCAGUCCCAGGCCUUGCAUGCCACCUCACAGCAGCCCUUGAGGAAAGACAAGGACAAGAAGAAUUAAAGCACGCACAGACUUACAUGUCGAGAGCGGACUUUAGACUUUCAUGUGUUAAGUUGCUUGAGUUACACCUUGUGACCCUUCUCCCAUAACAUGGUGUGAGGAUGGACUGGGAGCCGGUACAGACUCCAGUGUUUACAGCCUUGCCUUGUCCUUACCGCUGGCCCCAAGCUGCCCAGGCCUGGCCGGCGCCCCCCUCUAUGCAAACGUGUCAAAGCCGUGAAUGCUGGAAUCCCAAACUGACGAGGUUUAUUUUUUCCAGAGCCGGUGGCUGGUCUUCCAUUUACAGUGUCACUAUUCCUUGACGGAGCAGUUAUGUGCCGCUCUAGUGACGGCCCCACCAGGGAUGCCAGGCCUAACUGUGCAUCGUCAAGCUGGCGACGGUGGCGGCGGUGACUCAUGUGGUGCCCUAGGCGUGGCCUGUGGUCUGGUAUAUACUCGCUGCAGAAUUCGCCUGGUUCCCCUUCAUUUUAAUUUUUCUAACCUAGAGCUUAAUUUCAAUAACUUUGAAACAUUUUCUAAAUUUUUAUUUUGGCACCAGUAUAAAGAUAAAUAAUAUCUAUUUUUCCCAUUAUUUUCAUAAGUAACACAGAUUCCCUGAUUUUUUUUUUUUUUUUUUUAACUAAAAAGAGCUCUAAACCUUCUUACGCAGAAAGCACUCUUAUGACACACAGGGAGAGGGGAAAUAAAGUUCCUAUUGUGGCAGUGUUUGGGACUUCUUUACGGACUGAAGUGGACCCCGACCAAGACCACGCCCGGCGUUUUUACUGUGAAUGUAAAUGGAACAGCAGCCCAAAGCCCUUGUCUGUGACCUAGAGGUGCUACCUGUGACAGGGACCAAGUGCAUGUGUGUUAAGUGUCUGACUCCCAACCAGCGUGCUCAGUGGGGAGAAGGCCGUCAUGUCAAGGUCAUUGUUACUUCUUUCCUGGCCAAGUCAUGGGGUAAGGAAAUAAAGGUGUCUGAAGUAUUAGGACAAUUUAAGGUGGGGGGAAGAGAGAGAGAAAGAAAAAAACAAAAGCCUAGCAGUGGCUGAGAGCUUCCCCUCCGGCUAUAGUUUCCAGGUGGACACUUUGAAGAAAGUGGCUGCCAGGUGUGAUGGUGCAGGCCUCUAAUGCCAGCGCUUGGGAGGGGGGAAGCCAGAGCUGGCCUCAUAAUCGAGUGAGGUAGAGGUAGAGGCCGGCUUGGGCUACAUGAGACCCUAUCUCAAAAAUAGAAUCAAAACAAGAAAAGUCCUGACAGAAUCCAUUCUGCUCUGCUCCUGGUGGUUUGCAAGCCUCAGGGUUGAAAAUGGGGUGAAAGCGAAUGUCCUUAGUGUUGGUGCAGCACCGGCUGGGCACCGGGCUCCCCAGAAGCCUCAUCCCGAGGAGCUGAUCACCCAGGGCCCACCCACUCACUGAGAACCUGAGGGGACCACACUGAUUGAUGCUGCGUUCAGUUUUUUAUGCCUCAUCUCCCUCCCAUCACCGUUUCCCCUUUUGGCCAGGCCUGCUUCUCUUUGCCCAGGACCAGUCUGGCUUCUUCCUGUCCCUCUGAGAUGAUGGUUCAUUCAGAGUGAGCUGGAGCGGGAGGUUGUUGUGACUCCACUGAGGCACAGCUCCCCAAAGGCCGCCUCCUGUACCUACCUGUGAGAGGCUCCAUACAGUAGGAGAAUAGUACAUGUUGGUGCUCUGAGGAAAAAUCCUCCAUGACCAGGGUGGGUCCUGGCUGCAAGGCUGGACUCUUGAACUAUUUACAAAGACUGCUUUAAGCAAAGGAAUACAAAAUUAGGCUCAGACCUUGGAAGCCUUGUGUGCUCCGCCCCUAGUCUGCCUCUGGUCAUGGCAGAACCGAUGUUGGACUCUGGUGUCUGAGGCAGAGGUGAACUGCAGGCCAGUGGCUCCUCUUAGGGAAAUUGUGUAUCUGAAGGUGUAUUCACUUCGGUCCAAGCCUGACCUUGAGAGCAGCCUCUCCUAGCCGGUAUGUUUAGAGACUAGGAUGAGCCGGCGGGUUGUACAAGAGGAUUGCUGGCUGAUAGUCCAUGCCAGGGACUCUGGAGCAGCAAAUUCUCCCGCUGCCACCUGCAGCUCACAGCCGCAACUGGAAGGCUGCUGUGGUCAGUGCCCACCUUUUGGCCCAAAGCCUGCCAGCAUCCCUGGGGAGACCUGACUUGCAUUUUCUAGAGUCUAAGUUGCUCCCCUCCCCCCAUGGAUCCUGUCAGCCAUGGCAAACACUCCCCCUGCUGUGUGGAGUUCCAUUAUCUUUAGCUGAGGUUAAAUUAAUCCUUGGUGUGCAAGAAAAACCCGAAGCUUGCCCUUGGGGGACGUGACCCUCAUGUCCAGCUGGGAUUGACUCCUCACAUGUUGGCUCCAUGGGGACUGUCAUAGGAUCAUGUUGACAUUUGGUGUUAUGUUUUCCUUUAGUCAUUCUGUGUUGUGGUAGAAUCACCAUGUAAGUUAUGGUUCAAGCUGGACUUUUGAGAGAGAAAAGAUCCUGUUAAUAAUCAUGCCAAAUCCCUAGGCCCUCAGGAGGCUGAGGCAGGAGAAUCAAAAGUUCAAGGCCAAACUGGGCCACUUAACAAGAUCCCGUGUCAAAUUAAAAACAAAAAAUGCUAGGCAUGUGACUCAUUGCUAGAGAACUUGCCCAGCAUGAUUGGGGACUGAAUUCUCUCCCCAGCACUAAGCAAAGAAACCCAACUCGGCAGCCACCAAGCAGGUGCAUCUCAAGCCAACCAGGGUGUGUGUUCUCCCUCAUGCUGGGUGGCCUGAAUCCAGGCGCCUUGUGACUAUGCACACUGACUGCGUACAUGUUCCUGUGUGUGUGUGUGGACUCCCCUUGCUUGGGGCUCCUGCUGGGGAAGCGCCCAGGAAAGCCAGCUUGCUUGUCUGUUAUGUUACCAUGCGUUUCUAAAACCACUUCAGUUGUUAACCAUUGCCGCUCCAUCUGUCGUCGACUUGUUUCCGUUCCUUCCCAUCCACUUUGUACUCAUUUGUUUUCAUUAAAUUUUGCAUUUAUUUUGA